CUGUGAAUAUUGUUUCCAAGGCGUGGCUUUUACUGAAGAAGAAACAAGUUGAAGCAAUUUUUUUCUAUUCGGAACAGUGGCAAGGAUGAAGUGGUUAUCCGUUUGCGUGUUGUGUGUAGUUAUAGUGGGUGAAUUCAAAUGUGACGCAAUUCCAAAAUCACAUUUUGGACAUGGGCUUCAAAUUGGAUCCGCCAACGAUACAUCAUUUACAUUGCAUCUAGCUAAUCUGUCGAAGCUGGAACGAAUGUUAAGUGAUGAAGAUGUAAAAGAUCGCGAAGUGGCGGUCAUUUCAAUUGCGGGCACAGUGAACCUGGGGAAGAGUUUCCUAAUGAAUUUUUUCAUACGGUUUUUGGAAGCAAAGUGUGAUCAACGGAACGUAUCCAACUGGGAGCGAAAAAACGAAUGUAUAAAUGGUUUCGAUUGGGGAUUGAUACGAACGAAAGGCAUUUCGGUGUGGCCUCACAUAUUCAAACGUACACUACCGAAUGGUACUAAAGUGGCAAUCAUUUUGCUUGACACACAAGGAUUACAUUCGGCCGAAUAUCAUCAAAGUAAGAACAAAGAUGCGCGAAUUUAUGCGUUCAGUGCGAUGGCUUCAUCGGUACAGUGUUACAAUGUGCAACGUUAUUUGAGUAGCAAGGAUCUGGAUGAGUUGGAUACAUUCAGUGGAUAUGGCAGUAUGGCAAAUGAGAUUCGUAAUUCAACCGAUUCCAAAUAUUUUCAUAAUUUGACUUUAAUUGUGCGAGAUAAGCCGUAUGAAGGUGAACAUUUCGAAUUUGGACGACAAAAAGAUGACGUGAAACAUAAGUUUUUAGGCUUUUCCCCAACUGAUACGAUUGACAAAGAAGAACAAUCGAAACGAAUGUACAAUACUUAUUAUGAGAACAUAGAUCUGUUUUAUAUGCCAACACCCAGUGAUGCAGUUACACAAACAUAUGAAUUUGAUGGCAAUUUAACCAAUGUCAAUCCAAAAUUCAUUGCGCAUGUCCAUCAUUUGGCCGAAUCGCUGUUUGCACCACAAAAUUUGGUCGUGAAAAAAGUGGCUGGAGAUGCAAUUAAAGCAAAAGAAUUUUUAACGUAUUUAAUCCGGUUUGGCGAGAUGUUAAACUCCGAUAAGUUACCCAAACUGUACAGUUAUGCUCAAACAAUGUUCAAUAUCAAAUAUGAAUUAUGGCAAAAGGAAAGUUUGGAAUCGUACAAAACAUCAAUGGAGAAUACGGUCAAAAAAUGCAAUCCCACAAAUAACGUGUCUUAUUUUUUCGACAACGAACUACUGACAAUUCAUAACCAAUCUAAGUGUGAUGCAAUGAAAAUGUUUUCGGCUCGAAAAAAAUUCAACGAAGAUGAUUAUGUACGUGAAUAUUCGACGGCACUUGACAAGAGUAUUGAGAAAGAAUUUAGUACUUUCAAUGAAACCAAUGCGAAUAACAAAUUAUGCUUCGGUUCUAAUGUUGAACGAUACUACGAGAAUUUGAUGAAAAAUAUCUCCGGCAAAUUUAAAGAAAGAAUCUUAAACGAAGUCAGAAGUGCAGAAUCUUUCAUCGAAGAAAAAGAUUUCAGUGAAAUGGAGACAAAUUAUAUCAAAAAUGCGUCCAAUGAGUUUAUGGCGCGAGACAAGUACGCGAAUAAUCCAAAGUAUAAAAAAGACCUAGCUCCAAAUUAUAUGGACAAGCUGAAAGACAAAAUGGUAGAAAUUCUGACAGAAGCCAAAGAUAUAAAUAUUUAUAAGAAAACCAUAAGUGAAUAUGAAAACGUUGCCAUUCGAUCAAAUGUUGCUACGACAUCGGUAUUUGUUGUGAUCGCUUUCGUUCAGAUCGGCAACCAUAUAUUUAAUGCAUAAUAUUCAAUAUGAUAUCUUGAAUUUGAUUCAUCAGCUCGUAUUGAAUUCAUCAUCCAAGCUCAACACAUCAACUUAGCAGAUGGAAUCGAAUGAUUUUUCAUUUUCAAAAUCUAUGUUGGUAGAACGCAUUCGAUUUAUGUGCCAAAAGUGGUGUGCUGAGCUCAUUGAUAAUAAAUUCAAUGCGUAGUAGGUUCUGUGAUUCAUCAAACCAAAUCAUCCACCAUAUCAUUGGGGAUUUUUUUUAAAUGCUUUCUUCACAUUUUUCUCUUGAACCCAAUCCGUUCUCUUAUCAUUUUGCAUUCCAAAAAUGUGUAAUUGCUAUUUACUUUGUUUUUUUUUUAUUCCAUUUGUAUGUACUUUCAACUGAAAGUUUGAUUUUAUAUGAAAACUUUCAAGAAUUUCAUGUGAAUGGAAAAAAUAUUCCUAUAUCAAUAUCCAGAUAUCCACUGAAUGAAAAUGGAAGAAGAAGUAAUAUUCAAAUAAACAAGUCAAAACAAAAAACCAAACAUGGCUUGAAAUUUAUCAUAUAAAAUCAAAAGCUCAGUACAAAAAAAAAUGUUACGAAGAAAAAGUAGGAAAAAUAAAAUAAAAUAAAACCUUAAAACUCACCGAUAAA